AUGGGUUGUUCCUAAAGCGUAACAGCAGAUGACAACCAAGCUGUGAUUCUUAUUAAGCCAAAGACUCUUAAAUUCAAGCCUCACAAUUCCAAUACGGAAUCUAUUUUAAAGAAAAAGUAUACUGACGGAAGUGGAUAGGCUUUUUACAUUAUCCCAACUGAAGGAGCUUCUUUCUCAAAAGUUCCAGUCUUAAGAGGGCCCGAUUCGAAUCAACUUGUAUUGAGAAGACGAUAAUCCAAGUUAUCAAGUAGUCCCACAAUUACAGAGAAGGUGCAAACUUAGCCAAUGUCUUUCUGA